ACAAAUUGUUUUUAAGGGGUUUUAUCUCCAGGCACAUGAGUUCAGUCUAGUCUGACCGCCUAGAGUGAAGAAGCUCUCGCUGAGGCUAAGAGUUGUCGUUGGACUCCAGGGAUAAAACAUUGCUUUUAACCAGGAAUCGAAUAAUGAACCACAGCGUAGUAUUUCUUCUGCUGCUCCUCUCGGGGACAUGCUCAGCUUACACUUAUCAAAAUGUGGCCUUGCGUGGAAAAGCGACGCAGUCACAUCGUUUGGAGCACUCAUUGGGAUCUGCCUUCAAUGCUAUUGAUGGAAACCGUGACUCUUUCUUCAAUUCUGGAUCAUGCACCCACUCUGUUGAACAAACCAACCCCUGGUGGAGAGUGGACCUGCUGGAGUCCUACAUCGUCACCUCCGUCACCAUCACCAACAGAGCAGACUGCUGUGCAGAGAGGCUCAACGGGGUGCAGAUCCACAUAGGCAACUCUUUACAAGACAAUGGUGCCGCUAACCCAGUGGUUGGUGAGAUUUCUCAAAUCCCUGCAGGGAACUCAUUCACUCUGACUUUCACCAAUCGCGUGGAGGGACGUUACGUGAUUGUGCGUCUACCUGGUUUAAAGAGGAUUCUUACACUGUGUGAAGUGGAGGUUUAUGGGUACCGUGCCCCAACUGGAGAGAACCUGGCACUCCAAGGAAAAGCCACACAGUCGUCACUGUAUUCAUUUGGUGCUGCAUAUAAUGCCAUUGAUGGGAAUCGUGCCAGCAAGUGGGAACAGGCGUCCUGCAGUCACACAAAGAACGAGAACAGUCCCUGGUGGCGACUGGAUCUGCGCAAAACCCACAAAGUGUUUUCUGUUAAGAUCACCAACAGAGACAGUAAUGAAGCACGACUCGGUGGAGCCGAGAUCCGCAUUGGAGAUUCUCUUGACAACAAUGGCAACAACAAUCCCAAGUGUGCUGAGAUCACAAGCAUCCCGCCAGGUGUUACUGCUGAAUUCCAGUGCAACAUGAUGAAUGGGAUGGAUGGACGCUAUGUUAACAUAGUCAUCCAAGGAAGAGAAGAGUUCCUGACUCUGUGUGAGGUGGAGGUGUAUGGCUCCAGACUGGAUUAGCUUUAAGAUUCACUUAAUUUGCAAGGAUUUAGCCAAUACUGUUUUAUGUACUCAAACUAAUCAGAAUAAUAGAUUGAGCUUUAAUUUGAUUGUUUGCAUGAAAAAUAAGCAAUAAAACUGUGUGCAACAUGGGG